ACUAGCUUAGCUCUAGUGUGUGUGAAACAAUAUUUAACCCCAGUCUCUAUCUUUCCUUUCUAGUCUUCAAUGGCGGAUGAAGCUAACCCUACACCAAUGGCGGAUACUGAAGACAACAAACCUGCUCAGGGUUCCAAGAAGAACAUCUUCAAGCUUUUACGAGUGAAACACGUGACCAGCAUCUUAUCUUUGGGGUCCUUCAUUUUGUCUCUUCCGAUUCUUGCCUCCGUCACCUGGUUGCUGUACAUGAAAAGCUACGACUGCGAGUGGCUUUUCAAGUUGCCCCGUUUGCAGAUCGCGAUCAGCAUCGGGUUGAUCUUCGUGUUCUUGAUUUGCAACGCCGCUCUCUUCUUGAGAACCCGGUUGCCCAUGGUGGGGAUCAUCGUCGUCAUCGUACCAUUGACUUUGAUGUUCACCGUCGGCCUCGCCCUCAUCGGAGCUAACAGCUUGGAAUCACGGAAGAUCCCAGCGACGCCAUUGUGGUUCGAGAUGAAAGUCGACGACGAAAGUAUUUGGAACAACAUCAAAGGUUGCAUUUAUGGCGUUCAUGUCUGCCAAGAUUUAGCCGCCUCGUCGGUGCCGGUCAAUUCAUACGAUUUCGAUAAGAAGAAAUUAUCAUCUGUCGAGUCGGGAUGUUGCAUACCACCGGAAGAGUGCCACAUGCAAUAUGUGAAUGCUACUUUCUGGCAGAAAAAUGACAAUGAUACGGAUUCAUGGGGCAAUGGCGAUUGUGAUGCAUGGAAUAACGAAAGGGACGUUUUAUGCUACAAUUGCCGAAGCUGUAAAGAAGGUUACAUCAAGGCAUUGCAAAGCAAAUGGUCGAAACUUGGGAUAUUUUUAGUUUCCAUGGCGGUGUUUCUUAUGGCUUGUCAUAUGGCUUUAUUCCUUGCAACAAUGUGGGAACUCCACUGUACAUCUUAGAGCAGAGAGAGAUGCACCAA